AUUUCACAACUAUAUGCCAUUUGUAUCCUUAAUCACAUCGACCUAUGUCUUCUUCUGCCUCCAACAAUUCCUUCUCUCUUUGUCUCUCUCUCAAGCAACUCUUCAUAUAUACUUUCACACACUAUCUCUAUACUUCAACAUUCACAUGUUCAACAGAAAUUAAUCAUGGCAUUAGUUAUGAUAAAACCUCAAAAAAAUGAUCAUCAAGAUGCAAAUAUUAUCAAACUUGAAUCAGCUUAUUCUGAUUUAGAAUCACUUCUUAAAUCAACAAAACAAAUGGAACAAAACAUUGAAACAAUGGAAACAAGGUUUGAUCUUUUACAAGGAUCACUUACAACAGCUACAAGAAGAAUACACCCUUUACAAUCUUUAUCUAUGUCAAGAAAAGCACUUGAUACAAGAAUCAAUAGAGCUAUUUCCCCUGCUUUAGCUCUUCUCGAAACAUUCAAACUCGCCGAAUCUCUUCAAAAUAGUCUCCUUAACCUCUCUUCGAAACUUUCAUCCGAAAAAAUGCACCAGAAGAGGCUUGAGAAGCUUUUAGAUUACAUGGAUUGUGUUGAUCAGUUGAAUGAAGCUAUUAACUCUAUAUGUCAAGUUGUUGAGCCAGUGAUUAUGAGGCUUCAAGAAGUUGUUGAGUUUAUAAGUAGAACAAAAGCUGCUGAUCAAUAUAGAACACAAAGGUUAAGAGAAGCACUUAUAACUCUUAAAGCACUUUAUGAAACUGAGGUUGAUGAAAUGAGAUUUGAAGGGUUGUUGGAUCAGGCUUUGCUUAAUAUGCAAGAUGAAUUUGAGGCUCUUUUGAUUAAAUUGAAGCAUAGGAAGUUAGGUGAUUUGUCACAUAGGCAAAAUGAUGGUGAUGAAAGUGAUGAUCAUUUGGAUGUUAGCUUUGAAUUAGGAUCUGAGUUGGAAAUUGAAGUCUUGAGAAGAAUUUCAAAUAUUCUUGCUGCUAAUGAUUGCUUGGAUAUAUGCAUUGACAUCUAUGUUAAGGUAAGAUACAAAAGGGCUGCAAAAGCAUUAAUGAAGUUAAACCCUGAUUACCUAAGAACAUACACACCAGAAGGAAUCGAUGAAAUGGAGUGGGAAAACUUAGAAACAUCGAUAACCCUAUGGACACAACACUUUGAAGUUGCAACAAAGAAGGUUCUUUUAUCAGAAAAGAAACUCUGCGAAAGCGUUCUAGGCGACAUCAUAGACGGAAUAAUCCAUCCAGAAUGCUUCGUGAAAAUAUCGGACAAGAUCAUGGCCGUGUUCUUUAGAUUCGGAGAAGGUGUGGCCAGAAGCAACAAAGAGCCACAAAAACUCUUCAAACUAUUAGACAUGUUUGAGUCAUUGGAGAAACUCAAACCUCAUGUACUUGAUAUCUUUGAUGGUGAAUCCGGAGAGGAUAUCUGCGUGCGGUUUCGUGAACUUGAGAAGCUAAUCAUUGAUGCAUCAAGCAAAGUUUUUUGGGAAUUCGGGUUGCAAAUCGAAGGAAAUGUCGAUGGUUUUCUUCCGCCUCCACAAGAUGGUUCAGUACCGAAAAUAGUAAGGUAUGCUGUUAACUAUCUUAAGUACUUAUCCACUGAGAAUUACAGAAAAACAAUGGCUAAGGUUCUAAGAACAGAACAAACAUGGAAAACCGAGUUGAUGUUAUCGUCAAAAGACGAAACAGACGAGGAUUUAUUGAACCAUGCCAUUUGUAAUGUAAUGGAGGCACUUCAAAGAAACAUCGAAUCCAAACGUUUGAGUUGUAAGGACAGGAUUUUGGUUAAUAUCUUCAUGAUGAACACAUAUUGGUAUAUGUAUAUGAGAACAAAGAACACAGAACUUGGUGAUUUGUUAGGUGAGAAAUACAUCAAAGAAAAUUACAAAGCAGUUGCAGAAGAAUCAGCUUACUUGUAUCAGAAGCAAGCUUGGUUAGUUUUGGUGAAAAUUUUGGAACAUGAUAUUGACAUAAUGGAACAAAAACAAGGGAAAGAAAAAAGCAUUGGAAGGUUAGUGAAUGAAAAAUUUGAGACAUUUUUUAAGUGUUUGAGUGAAGUGUGUGAGAGGCAUAGGAGUUUUUAUAGUAUACCUGAUGUUGAUUUGAAGGAACAAAUGAGGGAUUCAACAGUGAAACUUGUUGUGCCAAUUUAUGCUGAGUUUUUGGAGUCUUAUUCAGGAUUGUUGCAAAGGAAAGUUUAUCCUAGUCCUCAAAGGUUACAAGGGUUGAUUGGAAAAGCUUUUGGUUCUAAUCAUGAUUGGAAUUUGAAUGGUGGAAGAAAUUCUGGUUCUUUGGAAACUGAUGUUAGAAAGUCUAGAUGAGAUUAUGGAUUCAUAUAGUUUCAACUUUUGCAGUUAUUUUUAUGUCUAUUCUUGUAUGUACUAUGUACUUACUAUUGUGUUUUCUAUUAGAGUAAAAUGUACCUAAGUUGAUACAAUUGAUAAAAUUUGAAGCUCACACAAAAUAUAUGGUUAAGAUAUAAAAAGAUUUGUGCAUCAUUUAAUUA